AUGCCUGCACCGAACUUGCUGGCUAUCAUCUCCUACCUUUUCGUCAUUUCCUCAGCCUCGUCGCGCUGGCAUGUUGCAAUUGUCUGGGUUGCGCGCAUUCUCACUCUCUCGCUCCUCCUGAGGACCUACAUCGUCCCAGGUGUCGUUGCCGGGGUAUCCAAACAUAUUCGUUUCCGGAGUAUCAGUCUUCGUUCUCUUCGGGGGCUCUACGUCAGAAAAGGCGCCGACGUAUGGAGAGUCGAGCGCAUCGCAUACCGUUGGUCCUACAUCGAGGGACUAAAUCGCUUCUCCAUUACUGUCGACGGCUUGAGCGUCGAGUUAGGCCGCAUGGAGUCCGCCACGAAGCCACGAAGACGGCAUAGGCGGAAGCUGACCCUUGCAGACUUUGGUCCUUCUCCAGUCGCGCGCCGUACGUGGAAGCUCGUCGCUCAGAUAUACUCCGCCCUCGAUCCGCUCGUACGCCCGACGAUCCGGGCAUUAGUAGGAGCAAGUCUCGGUCGCAUCAUUCGCUGGCUUCCCUUCAUCACGCAAAGACUCACAUUCGACCUUAAUUCUGCUGUUAUAACUUUCAAAGAUUUACCUGGGACACAGAUUACUAUAGACAAGGUUCACUUCCAAAUGUCAUUGGGAUUCUCGAAACUUGGCAAUGCCGCAGACGUUCUGCCGCCAGCUGAAAGCCAGCGGCCAGCAGUCAUGUAUAGCAUGUCUGCAUGGCAAAGCUACUUCUCGUCAAGUCUGCGUCGAUCUUGGGACAGGGCUUGGGGUCGUGCAGAAGGGACGGCAACGGUCAACAUACAGAUCACGGAAGUUGCUGGCUAUGCCCCUUCUUCAUCAGGCGAUAGAGAAGGGCUGAAAUUCUUUGGGUUCCCCGGCUUCAUUGAUUUCCGCGGCUCACUGAAGUUCAAUCCCAGGACAGCAUCUAUCGAAAAACAUAGCUUGAGAACUUCCUUGCUCAUAGACGAACUCUACGUUGCCCUGGACGAAUGUCAUGAGCUCUGGGACUCGUAUAAACGGGUCUUUCGCAACACGUGCGAGCCCCAGGACGAGGGAGAUUCGGACCCCAUCUCGCCUCUUUCUGACUCUAUCGCUGCAUCCGCGCCGCUUUCCGCAACAUCUUCCCUCUUUUCCCCAAUGACCCCGCGUUCCCCUUUUUUCGAUGUGAUACCUACAUCCAUGCGUGGCAAGCGCUACAGAGGUCACAAGGUCUCUAAAUUAUCUGAUACGACGUCAUUGUCACCUCUGUCCAUUCUUUUGGGCGCAGAGCUGCGCAUCACCGUGGUCCGACUGGCAGCCCAUCGCCAAAGUCAUCUACCACGCACCACUUACGAAUCUCUUGUUCAUGGCGUCAACCUUGGGGCGAACAUCUAUGACUCUACAGCUACACCUCUCUAUUCGUCUUGGGUAGGCAUACGCAGGCCAUCGGACCAGCUGCAAGCCGACUGUUAUUGCUUCCAUGCAUCCGCAGAGAGAAUAUCAAUAGAUAGACACGCUCGAGGAAGUCACCUUCGCAUUUUGAGUUUGGCUUCCGUCCAACUCUCAUCUCUGGUCACACAAUGGCCCAUGCUCUUGUUACAGCCCUCGCGGUUCAUGGCGGGCGAUCCCAACGCCGCCUUCUUAGGCGUUCAGGUCAGAUUUGGAUGCUUGCAAAUUACUGAACACAUCGAAUUCAUUCACGAAGUUUUGGAGACCCGCCAGGAUGCCGCAACCGUCGCCCCAACCACCAAACGCCGCCCACCAGGGGCCGUACGCCCUCAGUAUCGCCUCCCUCGCAUCAAUGUUGAAUUUCACGCUGGGCCAAUAUGUGGGCGUGUCAUUUGCGGCGUAACACAUCUAAACGAUGCUCCUCGGGCGCUCGAGUUUAGGACAGAGGGGGUAACAGCCUCUGCCUCAUCCUCCUUUGGUCUCCAACCUUGUACCAAGUCCAAGGCAGAUCCAGCCUAUUGUCUUCCUGUUCAGAUGAACCUCGGCUUCUCAAUGGCGCUAUCGUCGAUACUCUUACGGGUGCGCUCUCCUGAUCGAAGUGCCCCGUUGUCUUCGGGGGACAGCUUUAGUAUAUCAGAACCCGCAUUCCUGGAGGAUCCUGCUCUAAUUUCGCUCGACACGCUAGAAUUGUCUGGACACGUCAAGGCCAGUGGAGACCUUAACGACGAUCUGGAAAAUGUCCCGAGUAUUGACCCGGACUCCGUCGUAAUGGAUUCGCAUAUGUUUUCAGAUACGUUGGCGAUUGAACUAUGGCAUCCUGCGGUGCUUGCAGUUAUAGGCCAACUCUUGCCGCCAAGUCCUCAUAACCAUAUUCCCAAGCCUGCUGCCCCGCGACCUUCUCCUUCUGCCAAUCCACGAAGCGGCUUCGUAGCCUCAAUCGCUAUACCACGCAUCGUGGUAUAUGUAACAGCGCCGGACUUGAACCGUCGAGAUGGCCUUGAUCUGUCCCGUGGUUGUGUCCUGCGGACUGGACUGCGGGUGCAUUAUUGCUGCCUGAACCUACGUCACACUCGCUAUUUCGGGGAAAUUCUAAAAGCUAGCCAGACGCGUCAGAAGCUUUAUCUGCCUGAGCUGCAUCAUAGAGAAGCUAUCUCACGCUGUCAGUCGAGCCAAGGCGCGCAAAGUGGCUCAGCACUCCUCAACCUCUCCCUCAUCGCGCUAUCCGUGCGAAGUGCAGUGUCAACACCAUAUGCUUCGGACGACCCAUUUCUCAUUGAACGAGACGAUCCAAGCCUCCUCGUACAUGAAUUCCUUCGGGUGAAGAACGUCGAUGUCAGUGUCAGGCUUGUUGAGGGAAGAAACCUCUCACCUACGCCUGGCCCCCCUACAUGCGAGAUUUCAUUCCAGGUGCCAGACAUCCGGUUGACUUUUCAAUUGGUCCACGUAUACAGCAUACUUCUCGCCUCACAGACCAUCGUACGAUUGAUCAAAGGAAAUAACCGUCGACGGAUUGUACCAGGGCCGCCCCCUCCGACUGUGCGAGAGCCUAGCAUCCAACUUCUGCUCGUGGUUGAAUUAGCUUCGUUCCAAGUGCUGUGGAACCUUAACAAGCAGAAGGCUGUAACUCGUAUCGAUGCACUCGUCGUCCGGUUGCCCGCAAGUGGGCCGCUCUCUGCCAGCUUUUCGCGCCUACGCAUAAACGUCGCUCUGCCCCACGAUCCCCAGAACAGGGGCGCACAUUGGGCUGCGCUCGCCACACUGAAACAAUGGGAUUUCUCUGUCCUCAGCCUUGAUGAACGACCACUUCGUUUGUCCGUGAAUGGUGACAAUGGUCAUCUACGAAUCCCAUCGGGUUUCAUCCUUUCUGAUCUAGUCCUCGAUAUCAACGUCACUAUGAAAACCGUUAAGCAUCUACUUCGUAUCGUCCACUCCGGAAUAUUUGUCAAGAUACCAAUUCCCGAAGCGGAGUCUGCUAAAGACAUCCCCAACAUUACAAUCCGGCUGCGGUGUCUAUGCUUGGAAGCUGCCGAUGAUCCAUUUGAGUCCAAGCUAGCUGUAAUAUGCAAGGCUGGGAUGGAUGCUUCCAGGUCCAGACAAGAACGUGAGAGGGCCUUCGCCCUGAAGGUCGCUGCGAUACAGAAUGGUGGCAGUUCAGAACCCCCUAGCGCUACGGAGAACGAAGUCAGUAACGAGUACAAGUUCAAUUCAAGUCACACCAUCCCCAUCGACGACGCUAGACAACGGUUAGACCAACUCCAUGCAUUUGAUUGGACGUUUAGGCAUCGUGCCACUAAGGAAAUGCGUUCCACGGCUGAAGAAAGGAUUAGACGCCACGUCAGAGGAAGGCCAUCUCCCCCGGAGCGCUUUUUAUAUCCCGACAUCGUAGAGGUUCCAGCGCAUACACUUGACCCUCCAUUGUUCCGGGUUUUACUGAAUGGCCUAUCCCUCAGCAUCGCUCCACCGAAAUUCCCGAUUACAUCGCUCCCUGACUUUCUUCACGACAAUGGCGCGGGACUCCCGAGGGAUACCUUAUUCUAUCUACUGGUGCCGAUGCAUCUUCUGCUGCGCCUGACCACAUUACGGAUCUGGCUUCGCGAUUACCCAUUGCCACUGGUAGAUAUUUGUAACCUGGGGUCCGAGAAGGAACCUGCAUUCACAUUCGAAAGUGACCUCGUCAUUGCAGAGGAGACGGGAACUAGCGCAUCCGUGGAGUGGGUUGAUUGCCCUGUCAUUGAGCGCAACCAGGGCAUCGAGGGUGCCGCCCCGUUGUCGGUCUCUGUUCCCAAGACACUUAUGCCCGUUAAAACAUACGCGAAUCCCGACAUCCAUGUAUCUACAGCAAACGUCGCAACCUUUUCUUGGGCAGUCAGUUAUGGGCCUGUCCUUCAAGACAUGACUCGAAUCAUUGAUACAAUAUCGAGCCCACCCCGCGAUUCAUCCCCUGCACUUGGAUUCUGGGAUAAGCUUCGCCUUAUUUUCCAUUGGAAGAUUCGGACCACUUUCAAGGGCGGUGUUCAUUUGUACAUGAAAGGUCUUCGGGAUCCGUAUGAACUCGCUGGAGAAGGCGCCGGGUUUGUCCUCUCUUGGCAAGGCCAUACGAAACUGCUGAUAGGUCAUGCCAACUCUAAUAACGAGAUCGUGCAAGUAAUUAGUGAUUCCAUGGUCAUCGCCGUACCGAGCCAAGUAAUUUUGCGGGACCUGGCAAGGCUGGGUCCCGAUCUACAGAAUGGGGCGCCCUCGUACCGCUUCCAAAAGGUAUGCGCAAAACUUGUCUCAGGCGUUCGGUUCGGUGUGGGAUGCAGGCUAGAACGCGCAUGUGGCUUCGAAUGCCCUGUUUGUUCUGGGGCAGCAUUUGAUCGCCAGUGUCGGUUCUUCGACUUUCUCCCACAUUAUGCAGUGAAAUUAGGUCGAAAGGCUCAACCACCCGAGCGCAAGACUCCGGGAGAUUCAUAUAAUGGCUUCCGCUCCGACUUCAUUCACUUCUCCCUUUCGCUCGCGUCUGCCGUCCGUCCGCUGCAUCAUCAUAGUCCCGAAAUACACCAUCCCCCUAGUAGCCUCCACCUUACGCCGAAGGUGUUCGCCCACUUUUGGUCAUGGUUGGCUCUAUUUGACGGUGUACUAUCCCUGCCCAUCCGUCAAGGCACCCUGUAUCCGCGGCGACACAUUUCCCCCAAGUUCGGUCGUCAUUUGGCCACGUUGAAGUACUGGAUCGCUAUUCCUCGAUUGUUCGUACUACAUGCAUAUAUGGACGAAUCAAGGGAGACGUGGGUCGACGGUGUGACCCCAUUUGUUGGUAUCAAGGCCAUGAUUGACGAAGUCCAAAUUGAUAUGCACCAACGCGAUCAGGAAACGAUAGCACAAGGUCGCAACCCUCAGACAACCAAAGCGACCCGCCACAAGUCGUUCUAUGCCGCCGAAGUCGUUCUGAAGGGGCUUGAUCUUCGUACUGUGUUGGCCACUUUCGACGAACCUUCGAAGCAAACGGUUCCCGUCACUUGUCCGCCUCAAAGAAGUAAAUACAGGAACCGCCGACUUCCAGCUGUUGAUCCUACGUCCUCUUGGCUUGACGAUGACGAUUUCAUUGAACUUGACUGGAUUCCUGGUUGCCGACCCACCGUCCACUUGUUACCGAUCCUCUCCUGCCCUCGGUUCAACUACUGCAAGCGCCAGCCUUCUCCACAAUCAAACCGAAUCCAACGCAGUAAGUUCGGCGACGAAUCAUCACACACGUGUAUGCUUGGGAAAGAACCUUCCUCCGCAAAGAUACAAGUCGACAUCGCCUUGACGCGAAUCGCAGAGCUAGAAAAACGUCGUUGUAUGUCAGACCUUUCCGACAAUUUCGUAGCAGAGGUAGGUCAUCUUAUGCAUUCAAGUUUGACGUUGGAUUUAAUUUAUGAGACCAUGCAGCACGAUCGUGCCGCGUCCCAAAGGAUGAUUAAGUUGCUGGAAGAUUAUGUCAAUCAUCUCCAAGAACACAAUUCAUCUUCUAUGGACGAGGCAUACCUGUUCCCUUCUGACAACGCCACCCCAGAGGAAUGGGAGAUGUUCGACAACGUAUACCAAAUCCAUUGUCCGAAGAUAUUUUUAAGCAGCGCCAUCCGUGACAUUAUGCUCCAGUAUUAUUACUGUUCGAGAUCGCGGAGAGGGUAUGAAUAUCACUUAGCCACAAGAGCUGUCAGAUAUAUCCUAGACCAGGCGGAAGCUAUUCAUGCUAAACAGAACGACGAGAAACCUAAGAGCCCAUUCCAGUCGAGUCAAGCAGCGGCCUCAGCCUUGCGCAAGAUCUUGUCCGGAGAUACGCCUAAGACGUCCAUUGAAGUAUCUGAUCUCCCCUCUGCCGAUAACGUCGACCCUCUGUAUGGCUGGUCUGAUGGAGUUUCCUUGAUGAAGAGUCAUUUCUUCCUCUUGCUCAAACCUCAAAUAGUCCUCCGAAGCGAGAAAGAGUUGGGUUCCGUGCUAAUUCUUGCAGCUGUCCAAGCAAAGUUGCAGCUAUUCCACAUCAUGGAUAAAUCCAACGUAGACGACCCCGUUAGUGGGAAAGUCAUGAGUCGGAGCUACGGUGCGGUUUCCGGCCUACAAACCUUCGCACCUGUCGCCGGUCUGCAUCACAGUGACGGAUGUGUUCCUUUGGAAGUCUUGGUCGAUGUCCGGUGUGAAAGCGACGAAUUCGACCGCAUCGUUCCACAAACGGAUGCAACCUUCCAUUACGACAAAUUCAAUCGCCUCCGCUUGCGCAACAACGUUACUUCUAUCACGCGAACCAAUAACAAGGAUGCCACUCUAAUCAUAGAUCAUUUACACAAUCAAACGGAUCUCAUUCAAUUCAAUAUUCCCCGAUUUACCGUAAUUGCGAGCGACGAACACUUCCAGACCAUCUCCGACAUAAUUACUAACGUCAUUCUCUUCUCGGACGCCACGCAAAAAUCACGACUAGACAAACUAGAGACCCUUCUAUUCACUUACGACUUCUCCGAUCUCUUGUCAGCUGCAGGCGUUGUCUCCGAUGUUCAAAGUCGCCUCCGCAAUGCCGUCGAAGUGGAACAGCUCGCUCUUGCUCAGACAAGUCCACGGGACACUGGCGCCGAAUUGUGGAAGCUGAAGGCACACAUCUACCUACUUUCGGAGGAACUAACUUACCUUUUCGACGCCAUUAAGAUGGCUCAAGAUCGUGUCGACGACCUCAACGAUCAGCGCUCUGCGCUCCUCCUGCGCGCUUCAUCCUCCGAGAUUUCCUGGCGCAUGCUGGACGAGAACAAAGGUCUAUUGGCCAAGCUCGCCUUGCGGAACAUCAACUUCAAGUGGCUCAGCCGCAGGGACAGCUCAACCGUCAAUAGUCUUGAUUUGGCAGACUUGCAGGCAUUCGAUGGAGCUAGGAAUGCGAUGUGGACGGAGAUACUUUGCAAGUACGACGAGCCCGCGAAUCACCCGUUGUUGAAGCGUGGGCUAUUCCUUUUAGGCCACUGGACGGUCUUAGCGCCCGUUGGUGGAAUUACGAUCUACGAAGACUUCGAGCUGAGCUUGCAUCCUAUCCGUUUGCAAAUUGACGCUAGCCUAGGGCGUCGUAUUAUGGAAUACCUAUGGCCGGCACGGAAGGAUAGGCGUAUACGCAGCAGCUCUUCAAGCGCAGACACCGACGACGAGACCAAUAUUCCUAGAAUCGUUGCGACUCGCGCUUCCUUGGACUCGCCGAGGGCUUUACAAACCUUCCCUUCCGAGGUGACCAACGACGCGACUCUUCGUCCACCAAUGGGCCUUCGGAGACUAGGAUCAUCGCGGUCAUUCACAGAUCUCCGCUUCAGCACGACGGACCCGGCACCGAAACUGUCUAGGACGCGAUCCACUGAUGCACUGAAGCCUGCGAACCAAGUAGAGCCAAAGCGGCGGGAUACUAUUAUGGACGCGACAGAGAUGAAGACGCGGUCGUCUCAGAAGAGCUUUGUGCUUGUUAGAAUCUCAAGCCUUCAUAUCUUGCUCAGCAUCAAGAAGGACGAUGCCUUCGAGUGUCGUGAAGCUCGUAUCCGAACCCGUGACCUCGAAUACCGAAAUCAGACGUGGAGCUUCGAAGAGCUUGUCGACCAAUUUAUUCCUUCGGAUAUGAGCUGGAGAGGAUGGGUCAAGAUGGCUCUCCAUCAGCCAUUGGUGCCCGUGCUCCCUGUAGCACGCGAACUUAUCUCCAAGACCAAAUGGAUCAAUGCGAAAAGUCAGAAUGCAUCACCUUCCUCGUCACGGCCUGAGACCAGUAAAAGGCGCUCACGGUCCAAGAAACGCUCGCCAUCUCCGCAUCGACGAUGGCAAAUGCUAUCAAAGAAGAGGCCCGAAACACCUCCGACCAGCUAUCAGUUGACACCUCUUACCGACGAACCGGAAUCCAUGAAUAUGGCAGGGGAGCGAGCUAGUCGGCCUGAAACUCGCCCCAAAGUGUUCAACCUUUUCAGUCGCAAAUCAUCUCGGCCGCGUAAAAGCUCGGACAACACUCACAACACUGCACAUCAUCAUGAACCCAGCGAUCCACUGAACGUCACCAACGAUGAACCAGUAGAUCAUUCCAGCGACCUGCAUGGGCAUUUCUCCUUCAUGGCCCCCUCCGUCAGAGUGAAACGGUCCGAAUACUCGAAUCUCGGCGAACCUAGCAGAAGGGAUACACAUCCCCUAACAUCUAUAUUUAUUCCCCCUAAUGCUCAAAAUGCGGAAAAUCCUACUCCACAACUACGGGUGGACAGCCCGACACCUCAAACCGAACGGAAUGUGGCGACGUUGCCUUCGCGUCAGCGGUCCUCUACGUUCGGGAGCAUAGUUCAUCGGCAUUGCAGGAGAUCCAGGUCGUUAGCUACUUCACGUCUCCUCGACCAGGACGGCCAAGAGUCUAUUGCUUCGACUUCGCAUGGAACGCAAAGCCAAGGUGGCUCCGCAGCGAGUUAUGCAUCUCGCCCGCGAUACCUGUCAGUUCAAGGUGAACAAGAUGCAGACUUACCUGCGAGGAGUGCUCCAUACAUGGGGCGAAGGCGUGCUGGGACGGUUUUGAGCAUAACCACUUCGAAUCAGGACAGUUCACUCUUGCCCGAUGACGAUGAAACCCACCACCACGAUGAUAUUGUCGAGCACCUUGAUGUUAUCGAUCCACAAGUGGGCACCGUCUCGAGCUUAACCAACGCCGCCAAUUCUAUCGUAUUUCCACCACUGUCAUUCUACUCGCGAAAACCGGUCGUCUACCUACCCUCGCAUCACGCCCAACCUACAGCUAGUAGACCAGCCUCUGUUCACUCGGACUCACUUGAUCGUCAUGUAGAAGACGUCCUCAAUAGCCCUUCCAAGUUUCGUCGAACGAUGAUGGGAGUGUGGUCUUUUCUCAAGACGCCCAUGGGUAUCAUUACCGGGAUCUAUGGCUUCCUCGUCGUAUUCUGGGGUGCUGGCCUUGUCCUUAUCCUUGGCAAAGCUAUCAACUUCCACAACGACAACACCCAAGGUUUUUGGGUGGAGGUUUGCUCGCAGAUAAUGAAUGGCCUCUUCACUGUCACAGGCAUUGGGCUCAUCCCCUUCCGUGUCAUGGACAGCUAUCGAAUAUUCAAGAUAUGGCAUUAUAAGCUACGCACGAAAAGGCUGCGCGCAAAAGCGGGUCUUCCUCAACUCUUUGACAGAGACGACCUACCGGACCCGGAAUACGAUCCCAAUUACGUCCAUGUUCUGACGGACAAGCAGCAGCAUGAUUUGCAUCGACAGCAGGUCAAAUUCCACCAAUCACAGACGUGGUAUCGCGCACAUGGGACAGAAACACAUAGAGCAUUUCCCAUUAAUACCGCCCUCUUGAUAUGCUUGCUCAAUGACGGGAACUCCAUCUUCCAGAUAAUGCUAUGUGCGACCAUGUGGGGGCUGAAUCGGUUUCAGCGCCCGGCAUGGAGUACCGGAAUUUUGAUACCAGCCAGUUUUCUUUGCGGUAUAUUCUCUGGCGUCUUCAUCUGGCGUGGUGGCGCGAAGACCAAACGCACGCAAAAAGUCGAAGAGAUGCUACGCGCCGCCUUGGAACAAGCCCAUGCGCAGGGAGGAGCGCCAGCGACGCUCGCCCCACCCUUGAACGAAUACAUCAAUGAAUAUCACACUCCUGCUACCUACGUAUCUAACGACCCCGAGAAGCCAGAGACAUCAGUAGACGAGGAGAUGCUUAUCCACCCACCGGAGCCCACUAUCAACAAAGAACAAGUUUAG